AUGCCGCUUAGUGAAAUCGGGUGUAAUUAUUUAGAAUUGGCAGAAUUUAGAGCAAAAAGGCAUCAGCAAUUGGAAUCUAAGUCAAAUGCAAGUCAGGAAUUCCUCAACAACAAUGAUGAUGAGUGCGAAAAAAGAGCAAAUGA